UUUGUAUCGUAUAUAUAAAUCAUUUGGUACAUCUCCUGGAAAUAUUUUGCGCAUUAUUUGCUUUUUUUUGAUAUCUUCUAUUGGUAUUGUCUGGAGGUGAACAUGAUUCUUUCCCAGCCCUUCUUUGUCGCAGCAUCUGCAGCUCUUCUGUCCCCAGGACUGGCUGCUGGAUUUUCGACUGAGCUUCAGAGUGUGCUGAAGAACACACAUGGUGGCAAUGAAUAUGGAUAUCCUACCGAUUUUACCAGGGGUAUAAUGCCUAUACCAGUCCACUCCCACAAUGAUUACUGGAGAGAUAUUCCCUUCUACACUGGUCUCUCCAAGGGCUGUGUUUCAACAGAAGCCGAUGUGUGGCUUUAUAACGGUACACUUUACGUCGGGCAUGAUGAAUCCUCCUUGACUGAGGAACGAACUUUCGAGUCCCUCUACGUCAAUCCAAUGUUAGAUGUGCUAAAGCGCCAAAACCCCCAAACUCGUUUUGUGACUUCACCCACGAAAAACGGCGUCUUUGACACUACUACUUCGCAAACCCUUUACUUUUUCGUCGAUGUAAAAACGUCAGGACCUGAAACAUUUGAAGCUGUUAUAUCUGCGUUAGAGCCACUCCGCAAGGAGGGCUAUCUGACGUCGUUGAAAGACAACAAGACGGUGACAAGUGGUCCCAUAACCGUCAUCGGGACAGGCAACACGCCUCUUGAUAUGGUUGGACCGGUUGCUAAUCGUGACUACUUCUUCGAUGCUCAUCUAGAUGCGCUAGAGGAAAAUCCUGAGAUCACGUCCUUGAUCUCUCCUAUUGCAUCUACUAGCUUCCAAGAGACAGUGGGCUCAGUCACAUACAACUCGAUGUCUAAGGUCGAUGUUGAUCUGGGGGAUCUCUUGGCUAAGGUGCUCCCCACCGGUGUCAAGGUCACCAUUCGCCAUAUCUCGUCAGCUCCUACCCCAUGCACAGCGCUCUUUGCGCCUCCUCCAGGGGAAGAGCCCGAGUCGACGUUUUGUGAAAACCAUUUUCUGACGGUCUCCGUGAAUGCCGACGAGCAUGAUGGAUCCGAGAUUAUCGUUUUUGGAAUCGAAGUUCUGGUCUACAGCACAGCGCAUUUAACGACUGUUUUCGUCUCCAAGGCGGAUUCUACUGGAUUCCUGCACUUACUAAAAAAUGCACCGAAAGUUUCGCUCAUCAGGCGCAUCUCUAACGGCUUCCUGUCUUUCCUGGUGCAGACACAUCAACGGCCAGGUGUUCGGCUGGUGGUGUCAUUGUUCGCACGGGCUCAGAACCAGUAUCUGUUCCCAGGCAGCAUCGAAAAUUCGGGAAAGCAUGUUCUCGACGAUAGGGGUCUGAUCAAAUGGUGGUGUCGCGCCGUCGACCCCAUAUUACGCGAGUAUGAGCCGGAAUCAGGAUCCCACGAGAAAGGUCUCCUUGACCGUGCUAUGGAAUCCGCUCAAAGUUCCGCAACAGCAUUCCUGAUAGUCCCCGGAUGUGACAAAUUUGAAACUCGAGGCUUCUUCCCUAGCACCGCAAAAUCAGAUGAUAAAGAACGCCCCAGGUGGCUGAACAGCUACCCGCUUCAUCAGCUGUGCGACAACACCGACGCGCCUCCGCGCUGCUUGAUUCCUCGUUUUCCAGAUGAUCCGAAAACACGCUUCGUGGUUGACUUGGAUGAUGAGCUCCCGCAACAAUCGGAGGCGGGGGGCUCGAAGGAAGGCGCUGGGCAAUGGAGGAGUGUCAAAUCUCUAGAGCAGUUCUGGGAGAUGAUGUCUUUCCGGCAGGAGUGUUCUGCUGGGCGACUGGUCGGAUUCUUGUGGCUUGUUAUUAACCCUCCGGGACUUGUCAACUCGGUUCAAAUGACAAGCUCCAGGCCUGUUUUCAAAGAGACAGCAGAGGAUUCCUCGCCAGCGACCGUCCCCACAUCUGACCAGGUGGAUUCAAACCCCAUUCGGACAGAAAUGCCUGAUGCAACGUCAGGUGGUCCUGUGCAAGACCCAUCUUUCCAGACAGGCAGCUUAUCUUCUGAGACCCAUCCCAAAAUACAGCCGAACACAGACCUGAACGCGUUUUACUGGCCAGAAGCAGGCCGGGGUCAUGCUGUUAUGAGCGAAGAAGAUUACAAAACCGCGAUCAAUUUCCUACUUGAGCAAGACUUCUACAACCAAGAGGUUUCUAUAGCCAGCACUAAGGCAUGGGGUGAGAAAGUUGCAUCCAUCGUGGACCAGCUUUGGGUCGGUCAGCAAGUCACAGGAAGGAACACGUCUGGAGAAUCUGCCGACAAACCCGCUCCAACGACAAACAUCAUUAACACUGGAUUGGUUCGAAAGCGAAAGAAAGAUGAACAGAGCCAGGCGACGACAGCAACAACAGCACAGAAUGAAGGGCGCGCGGGAAACGAUACAGUCUCAGGUGUAGUGACAGUAGAGACUAGUGCAACAGAGACGAAUGAAUCCUCUGGAAUCAAUGUGCUUCAAGCAAACUUGAUCCGGAAGAAGAAAAAGGCUUAG